AGCCCAAUAGAAACCAUGGAGGGUGGGAGCCCAUGGGAUUGCUUACACCCGGCCUUUCAUUUCAGGAGCAUUUUAGAUUGGGUCCAUUGGACUUUGAAGGCCCAUUUACUCAACUUUCAUUGCCUUGAAAACGAUAAUAGGAGUGAGGCCAAGGGAUUCACCUUCCAAAUUAAAGCUCAGAAAAUGGCGAUGUCGACCGUCCGAUCUGCUUUCCUCCGAAACGCUCUUCGUGGGGGCUCUCGAACCUCCGUUCUUCCCAAGAGACGCUUUUCCUCUUCCGCUCAUCACGACGAUGCCUAUGAAUCGGCAAAAUGGGAAAAGAUAACAUACUUGGGAAUUGCUACUUGCACUAUUUUAACCAUUUACAACCUAUCAAAGGGACAUCCCCACUACGAAAAGCCUCCUCCGUACCCAUAUUUGCACGUUCGCAACAAGGAGUUUCCAUGGGGUCCCAAUGGUCUCUUCGAGACGGAACACCACUAGGAUUGUUGGCCCUGCACAUUAAUUUCUGAAGUUAUUUCGUUCCUGGUUUCUGUAGCAGGAUCCAUCAGGCAAACCUGGAUAUGUGUUGGAUCUCUUGUUUAAACUUUCAUUUUGAAUUUGAUUGUGAAUGUUUAACUUGCAUAUGACAAGUUUGUCCAGGUUAUGUUGCUCAAUAAAAUCGAUGUACGAUUUCAGUUAA